ACCUCAGGAACAGAGCCUCCCUAGCCUUUUCUGUUCUCUUCUCCCUCUCUUUGUACAUCAAUCAAACUAUAUACCUCUUCCCAUUUUUACCACACUUUCUUAUUGUUGUUAUUAUUAUUAUUAUUAUUAUUAUUAUUAUUAUUAUCAAUACCAUUAUUAGUUUCACCUUGGAGACUGUGGCCAGCCACCAGUUCUGGCAAUCCUUAUAUCCCUGUCCAUCUCUUCCAACAUCUCUCCACUGUUCUUACUUUCUUUUGGUUUGGUCUCUUGUUGAGCUUUUAGAAAGUUCUCUCAGCCAAACUACUCUUCUUUCUUGGUAACUGAGACAUGGAUUGAAGAAAAACAAGCAAGUCCAUCCUUGGAUACUUUUUCUUUUGCUGCUCUUUGGAUCUCUUAUUUUGUGCUCAUGGGAUUUGAGCUUUCACUGGGGAUGUUGGUCUUGUUUCCAUUAGUGUGAAACAACUGGUUACAUGACACUUUCUUUAUUAUCUUCAAUGUAAAUUUCUUCUUAGUUUGUUUCUCAGCAAGCUCUGUUUUGGCCAUUUGUUUGCACACAUUCCUGAUGAGAAAUUUCAUUAGCACAAAAGCUCUUCUUCCUCUUCUUCUGCUUCUUCAUCUUCAAUUCCUUUUCUUGUACCAUGUAUGUUCUGAUACCCCAGUUUCGAGUGCACCAAUGGAGAAAGCAGAGCAAGAAGCUCUGUACAUGGUGAUCCAAGGCUUUGUUGGAGAAGGUUGGAAUGUUUCUGGUCUUUAUCCAGAUCCUUGUGGAUGGACAAUGAUUCAGGGUGUGUCUUGUGACCUGUUUGAUAAUUUUUGGUACAUAACUGAUAUAAACAUCGGUCCCGUCCUCGAAAACUCUCUUGAAUGUUCUCCAGACGCUAAGUUCACUCCACAACUCUUUGAACUCAAACAUCUCAAGAGUUUAUCAAUCUUCAAUUGUUUCACUUCUACUAGUCAUCAACCAACCACCAUCUCUUCCCAAAACUGGGACAAAUUAGCUAAGAAUUUGGAAACAUUGGAAUUCAGAUCAAACCAAGGCCUCAAUGGUGAAAUUCCAUCCAUUUUUGGCCAGCUCACAAACCUCAAUUCUCUAGUUCUUGUUGACAAUGCAUUGACAGGAGUAAUCCCUCAAGAACUCUCCAACUUAGUUCAUAUUAAAAGGCUUGUGCUUUCCGGCAAUCAAUUCUCCGGAUCAAUACCGCCUUCGCUUACUACUAACUUGACGGAGCUCUUGAUCAUGGACCUCAGUCGAAAUUCAUUUACCGGUGCUCUUCCGGCUUCAUUCGGUUAUCUCACGUCACUCAUUAAGCUUGACUUGAGCCACAACAUCCUGAAUGGAAGGCUUCCAAAUGAAUUAGGAAAGCUCCAAAAUCUCACUCUUCUGGAUCUCAAGGACAACCUUGUAUCUCAUGGCCUGCCUCAAUCUCUGCAAAACUUGGUUUCUCUCCAAGACUUGCUCCUGUCCAACAAUCCAUUGGGUGGAGAUCUUGUCUCAUUUAGUUGGGAAAAUUUGUCUAAUCUCACUACAUUGGAUCUCUCCAAUACUGGCAUCACUGGAAGUAUUCCAGGAACCAUUGCAGGAUUAAGGAGACUGAGAUACUUAGCAUUGGAUAACAAUCACCUCACUGGCAAUGUGCCUCAAAAGCUUGCAUCAUUGCCUUGGCUCAAUACUCUUUACUUGAAUGGAAACAAUUUGACAGGAAUUCUUGAGUUCCCUGAUGAUUUCUACAAGAGAAUGGGUAGAAGGUUUGCCUCUUGGAACAACACAAACCUUUGUUAUUCUACUGUGGAGACUUUGUCUGUUGGACAUGCACCUUAUGGUGUGCAACAGUGCAAGCAUGAGCAGCAUGUUAAUGUCUUAAGCUCAAAUCCAAAUGUUGGGGAUGGAGACAAAGAUCAGAAUUCAAGUAUCAUGGCUUCACUUGGCUUCUCAUCUUCUUUUCAUGAAUUUUGGUGGGUGGUUCUUGUGCAGGAGGUGGUGGUUUUUACCAUACUAAUAUUAAUGCUAUAACCUUUUGAUCAAGUGUAUUAUUGUUAUUUUCAUUACUAUAUAUAUAUAUAUAUAUGGUUGUGACUUGUGAGUGCUAACUUUAAAUUUAAAAUGUAAUAUCAAGAAAUGUUUAACAGAGUGUAGUUUUGAAGAUGGCUGUUGAAAAAUGUGCGCUGUUUUUUGCUUCUUGUGUUCAAAAUGAACAGUGUCUUGAUGUUGCUGCUAAUAACUACUGAAUAAGUUUUCUGGCUGGGUGGCUGCUUCUGACUAUACUCUACAGCUCUGCAUUCAGGACAGUGACAACAAAAGCACAGACUAGCUAGGCUCUCCAUUUAAGGCUAUUUUGCUCUGUUCAAGACUUUUUAUGGGUCCUACUUCCUUGUUUUCUUUUUAAUCAUGAUGCUAUCCUAUAUAUAAAUAUAUAUAACAUUUGUUAACUUACUGUGUUUAUUGAUUCUGUA